CCUUUUAAGAAUUAGCAUUAAUUUUAGGAGAACGCGGAAAUGUUGUGGUUGUUCUCAGCACGAUUUUAAUUAAAGGUGUUUUUUUCGUCCGAUUUUGUAACCGUAAGGACUGCUCAAUUUGAGCGGCAAUCAGCUGAUGUAAUAGGACCACUGCUACUUUGGGGGGGACGUCAGGAAAAAAAAAACACGAAACUUGGGGAAACUAAAUGUUGAAUGUUCACUUAGCAUUUUAGGGUUAUACUUUAUGGUGUAUUCGCUAAUUUUGUGUUCUUCUCAUUCAUUGUUUUGGUACACAUCGUCACAGGGUUUAUAGUAGUGUUGCUAGGCGUGGGGAUUAUUGUAGUGCUACUUUCGCAGACUACACAGAAUGUGGGAUUUUCUACAAUCCGUACUAGUGAUGCUUAUUAACACACGCUUGAGUUUUUGUGUGUGCUUGUUCGAAUAAUUAAGAGAGUUGCUAGCCACCAUUACCCGAAGGGUGAAUCAGUCGCUCUAAGAACAAAGGGUCAUCUGAAGCCAAAUUAUGUUUUGGAUCGUUCGACAUAAGAGUGACGUCCUAACUGUCAAUUAACAUGAGUGACACUUCAGAUCAUGGACCUAUUUACCUAACAUAGCCUUUAUAAUAAUUAAAAGGGUUGAAUUGGUGCCUGAAGUGGUAUGUAAUAAUAUAUUAGUUAUAACUCGUACAACGGCAUUGCAAAAUUCCUACGUUCUUUUAGUAAACAGUGAAAGCAACAUUAGCACCACGCUGGAGCCGAGUGAGCCACGUAGCUAGCUGCUAUUUCUGUCGCUGACAGUCGCUUUACCAGCCUAAUGGAUAGCUAAAUAUCGUCUUUGAAGCCAGUGCUGCAAAUACUGCGACCACAGGCCUGCCUGCCUGAUCCUGCUCUGAACACACCUACGUGGACAAACAGCUUCACCUACACCAUCUGCUCAAAAGUUUGUCCGCGCCGUGUGUGUCCAUCACACUCAAGAGGGAUCAAAUCACAUCGCACCCACACACAGGCUCACAGCAAAUAUGGCCAGAAUGCUGUCCCGUUUUGGAAAAACGCUCCUUCGUCGCCGUACUUUGGACUUGGCGAGCGAAGAAACUCGCUUCGCCCGAUGCCUGUCCACCCUGGACCUUAUUGCCUUGGGUGUAGGCUCCACGUUAGGCGCCGGUGUGUAUGUCCUGGCCGGAGAGGUGGCACGAGAUAAAGCCGGGCCCGCCAUCGUGCUGUGUUUCCUCAUCGCUGCGCUCUCCUCCAUGUUGGCCGGCCUGUGCUAUGCCGAAUUUGGAGCUCGCGUUCCUAAGACGGGUUCUGCGUACCUUUACAGUUAUGUGACAGUCGGAGAGAUCUGGGCCUUCAUCACUGGGUGGAACCUCAUUCUCUCGUAUGUGAUUGGCACUGCAAGUGUGGCCCGUGCAUGGAGCUCCACAUUCGACAACCUUGUGGAGCAGAAGAUCUCUGUUUUCUUUAAAGCCUCCAUGACCAUGAAAUUGCCUGGAAAAGUGUUGGCAGAGUACCCCGACCUGUUUGCCCUCAUACUGGUGCUGCUGCUUACUGGACUGCUGGCCUUUGGAGUCAGUGAGUCAGCACUGGUGAACAAAAUCUUCACCGGCAUCAACUUGGUGGUUCUGGGCUUCGUGAUCAUCUCGGGCUUUGUGAAGGGAGAAACAGCCAACUGGAACCUGACGUUGGACGACUAUAAGAGUUUCCUUAACAACACCAACAGCAGCAAAGAUCCUGAGAAAGCAUUUGGGACUGGUGGUUUUGCUCCGUUCGGCCUCACCGGCGUCCUGAGAGGUGCCGCGACAUGCUUCUACGCCUUUGUGGGCUUUGACUGCAUCGCCACAACAAGCGAGGAGGCCAAGAAUCCGAUGCGUUCCAUUCCCAUCGGAAUUGUGGCCUCGCUGCUCAUCUGCUUCUUCGCCUAUUUUGGCGUGUCCGCCGCCCUGACCCUCAUGAUGCCGUACUACCAGCUGAACACCCAGAGCCCUCUACCUGAGGCCUUCACAUACGUGGGAUGGGCCCCGGCCCGCUACAUUGUGGCCGUGGGCUCCCUCUGCGCUCUGUCCACCAGCCUGCUUGGCUCCAUGUUCCCCAUGCCCCGCGUCAUCUACGCUAUGGCAGAGGACGGGCUGCUGUUCCGUGCUCUAGCCAGGAUGAACGUUCGCACCAAGACGCCUCUGCUUGCCACUAUUGCUUCUGGCAUUGUCGCAGCUCUGAUGGCCUUCCUGUUUGACCUCGACGCGUUGGUUGACCUCAUGUCCAUCGGAACCCUGCUGGCGUACUCACUGGUGGCCAUCUGUGUUCUAAUCCUUCGGUACCAGCCAGGCACCUUGAACUCAUCCAGCCAAACGGAGAAGCUGGUGGAGCUGGUGGAAGGCGAGAAGGUGGCAGUGAGCGGCGGGGACAGCGGCGACGAGUACACCGAGAACGAGGAGAAGCCCCUCCAGGAGGUUUUCACUUACAGGCUGCUCUUCUGCCCGAGCGGCAAGACCCCCACGCAGACAUCAGGGAUGAUCGUCUACGCCACCACCGCCAUCAUUUCGGUCCUUAUCACAGUGCUGUGUAUUAUCGUGGCCAACCUUUUGCCGCAGCUGCUCGCCGGACAAGCAGUCGUCGUGGUGUCCUGUGUUAUUUUGGCUCUGCUGUGCGGCGUCUGCCUUAUCAUCAUCUGCAGGCAGCCCGAGAGCAAGGAGGCCCUGACCUUCAAGGUCCCUCUGCUUCCUUGGUUGCCUCUCUUCAGCGUUUUCGUCAACAUCUACCUCAUGAUGCAGCUGGACAAGGGCACCUGGUGUCGCUUCACCGUCUGGAUGGUCAUAGGUUUCGCCAUCUACUUCUUCUACGGCAUCAAGAACAGCAGCGCUAACCACUCGUCCCCGCGCAAAUACGAGCCGGCUCUGCAGUCCAAGAGCCCCAUUUACAAGGGGGCCCCCGAUGACAGCGACGUGGAGGGGGGCAGCAGCCCCUGAUACCAACCGACGUGGUCCCGGAGAAGGUGGCGAGGGAGCUGGAGCUUGAAGGGAGAGGAGGCCACACAUCUUUACCUCGAAACUUGACGGUUAAGACACUGUGUUACUCUGUAGUCUUGUGUGUUUGUCGUUAGCCACGUUGCUCUCUACUCUAAAACUCUUUUUUUUAAAAAAAAAAAAAAACUCGGAAAACGAGCGGUUGUGACGUCACUCCUGCGACGAUCAAUUUUUCCCUUCCUUCUUUUGUCUCACAUGAGUGGAGAUGACAACUCGAUUGCACCAGCCUGUCGCUUUGUGUCCUGCUGUGUGUGUAGUACAUGUGUGUGUAAAACAGGGUAGCGCUACAGCUAACGGGCUGCAGUCCAUAAUGAACUCGAUAGCACACCAUCCACGUUGAUGCUAGACGCAACACCUCAAGAAGUUUGUCAUAUCGGACUCAGUUCAACGUCUUAGGUCAAACGUAGGCGUUCUGACACGGUUGCUGCAUUUCUUACUCAAUAUCCAUACAUCACUCUGCCUUUUAACUGGUUGGUCAUUUGGGACUUUAAAUGCCACAUUUCCACUGCACAGUAGCUUAAAAACAAACUGGAAACACCCCAAUUGAGCACAUCAGCUUUAUCUGAGAGGAUAUUUCUAUUGCACCCGGCUAGGUUUGGGUUCCGGUUCCCUGGUGUACCCCUUUAACACGCGUUUAGAAUGUUCCAAACUGCAAAAAAAAAAAAAAAAACUAGCCUCAUUGAAUGCAUCAGUAGCAAUGCCAACAACAAAGGACUGACAAUGCCUUUAAGGCUAUUAUAGGCUAUUAUUUAAGGUUAUUAUAGGAACUGUACUUGUCAAGUGUUUGCAGCAAAAUGGAGACUGCGGAGCGUUAAUACCGCAGCGUACACCGCUAAGGCACAGCAACUGGAAAAUGUUACAGUGGCCACCCACAUGGUGUUGGCCCAGCUGACCAGAAAUAGUACCUGCUUUUUACCAAUGAAAAAACACUAAUAGGUACUGUGCAGUGGAAAAAUGGGUAUUAAACCCCCCUCGAAAUAAAACCUGGAACUGUGUUGAAAUAUUUAAAUGUAUUUUGUGUUGAGUUGGAGCACUUAAGGAGCUCAUUGUCAUCCAAUGAAUGGGUCAAGUGUGGAAAAUGAAGGCAUUUAUAACGACAAUUUGCCUCAUGGUUCGCAACUAACUUGUUUUUGUUGUUGUUGAACUUCUUCGUGGGAGCUUUGUUUCAAUUGAAACUUGGCAGCUUUGUCUGUUAAGUACUUCUACUUACUCCAGUAGAGUGGUCCAUAUUUAAAUGUGUAUAAUAAUUUGGGGAAAAUUCUUAGCACCAUCGCAAUCAGUUGCUACUUAGAGACUGUGAUGUUUUGUUUUUGGAAUUGCCGCAUGUACAUAUUUUCCCCAAAAUGGGUCUCAGAUUAAUUUUAUUAGAGUAAAAAAAACAAACGAUAUACUAUUUUAUUGAUUAAGAAACAUGGCUUUUUUGAUUCAUGUUGUGAUAAAUUAAUGUGUAGUUUUCUUAAUCUUUUAGUUUUUGUACAGUAUUUUUCCUAAAUAUAAUUUUUGACCAAAACAAAUGAAAUAUUUCUGCUUCUGAAAGAGUUGGUCUCUAAAUUGUGUCAUUUUAACCCGCUGCUGGGAGUCAAAACAUAUGUGCAUUACUGUAUUGUACAGUAUUUGUAUGUGCUUUACUGUAUUGUACAGUAUUUGUGUAAACAUAUUUCUAUAAUGCUGUAAAUUAGACAAAUGUCUCCCCUGCCCAACUUUACUGUAUGCUGCUGAAAAAGAAGUUUGUUUUGUAGAUGAUUUUAAAUCAAUAAGUAGUGCCUGAAGAAUCAUCUACGUAACAGGAAAGCACCAAGGCUGGUUGAGCUUUAAAUAAAAAAAAAAAAAAUGACCAUAAUCCAAAAUGUUACUUGAUGCAGCUACAACUCAUCUUUGCACCCAGCCUAGUGCCUUUGUCAAUUAUCAUCACCCCCUUUUAUUUUGCUUCUUCAAACAUUUGUUUCAUAAACUGUACAUAUAGCUGUCACUUUUAAGUGUUUUUGUUUUUUAAUAAAAUGACUGAAUGGCUAA